UGCGUGACUUGCUUUUUGUCCAAAAGAUCAAAAAAAAAGUGCGAAACUUUUUUUUUCUCUUUAUCCUAUGGCUGAAAAGAAACUGACCAAGAAAGAACAAAAGGCUUUAGCCUUUAAGAAAAGAGCCAAGAAGGCUCAAUUCACUGAUGAUAUGGCUGUACCAGCUACUGAUGAACCAACUCCCACUGAAUCUCAACCUGAACCUGAAAGCAAGAAGCGUAAAUCAGGUGAAGCCAUUGAAGUGCCUGUUGAAGGAUCUACAGGUCCCAAGAAGAAGAGAGCCAAGAAAGGCAAUGCUAAUGGCGAUGCCAAUAAAUACAUUCUGUUUGUGGGUAACUUACCUUUCACAACAACAAAAGAAGAUCUCGAGAAACACUUUGAAUCAGCAGGAACAAUUAAAUCCGUUCGUCUUUUGACAGAUAAAGCCACAGGCAAGCCUAAAGGGUUUGCAUUCAUGGAAUUUGAAAAUUCAAAGGACUUAAAUAAAGCAUUAGCUUUUCACCAUACUUUUUUCAAAAAAAGACAGAUCAAUGUUGAAUUAACUGCUGGUGGUGGUGGUAACAAGAGUGAUGUUAGAAAAGAGAAAUUAAAGGUCAAGAACGAACGAUUGCAAGAAGAAAGAAGCAAAAAACAUGAAGACAUCAAGGCCAAGAAUACACAAGCAUCUUCCUACAAACUAGAAUAAAAAUUGUAAAUAAUCUUUUACCCGCUUUAUAGGCGGGGAAAUUUC